CCAAACAUUGAGCUGCUGUUGCUCUCACUUACAGAGGAGGAAUAGUAGGUGAAGGGGUGCCUAUUAUAGAUAUCAGUAUGGAUAUUGAUCAGCCGCACUUGAUCAGUGAUUGCCUUAUUCUUAUUUUUACCUUUCUGCCCGAGGAAGAUUUAAUCAGUGCCUCCAGUGUGUGUAAGGAGUGGAAUGAAGCUGCAGAGACUCCCUGGCUAUGGAGGAGGAUGUGUCUGCAGCGUUGGAGUUUCUGUAACCUCGCAGUCCUGGGGAGUGAACACGUGAAUCACUCGUGGAAGAAAUACUUCCUGCGUCGUUGCCACUUAGAGGCGAAUAUGACGAAAGGCAGGUCAGGAGGUUACACCUGCAAAAGCCUCAGAGGACACACAGGCAGGGUGGUCGGGUUGGUGUACCUGCAGGGGAACUCGGCUCAGUUUCCUAACGUCUGGAGCAGCAGUGCCACAGUGUGCAGCGCCUCCUCUGAUGGUACAGUGCGAGCAUGGGACGUCCAGAAUGGUGAAGUCCUGUGGUGCAGUCCUGUGCAGAGUCCCCUGACAGCGAUUGUAACUGAUGAACAGCGUGACGUUGUGGUCACAGCAGACUCCACGGGCCUCAUCAAGACCUGGCACGGUCAGACUGGCCAGGAGGUGGCCUCCUUCUCUGCUGGAUCCCCACACUGUACAUUAGUACAGUACAAUAUCAGCAACAAUUGGUUUCUGUCUGUUGGAACCAGUCAGGGAUCUGUGUGCACACUAGCUGAUUCAGCUUUGACUAAAAAGUCCAGCGUAAUGGUGUGUGACACCUUUAAAGUCAACACACUCCUAGUCUCACCUGACAAGAAAUGGAUUACUGCUGGAACCAAGGACAAUGAUGAUUUAAGUCCAAAGGUGAUUUAUACAGAGAGUUUGACCUCGCCUUCUGAGGAUGAAGAUCCUCUGUGCCAGUCUGUGCCAGUUACUGGGUGCCAGGCUGCUGUCUUCAUACCCACCCAGCCUGCCAGACUGGCCAUCAUCCACCACAACGAGCACCCAAACAACAAAGCCCUCACUGUGUUCGAUGUCAGCAUUAAAAAGACGAAGUACAAGUCAGAUAUCCUGGUCCAGCAGGUGGAGUCCUUCCCAUUGACACUGAACACCUGGUCCUCAAACAUCCUUCUGGAGGCCAAGGACAGCAACUGCUUAGUGCUGGCAUCUGGCCAGGAGCUGUGGAUCUACUCUCUGAAAGGAGCCCAGCUCGCUAGCUUUAAAGAGCAUGUUAUGCCAAUCUCUUCUAUAUGUGUGGAUAGCUUUCGAGCAGUGACAGCAUCUCAGGAUCUCUCCUUACGAGUGCUGACAUGGAAAAAUGACAGAGAUCGUGGGUUGACCCUGGAGAGCCAAUACCACUUACUGGGAGGCUCUCACACAAUGUCAAGAGGGUUCACUCAUGUUGCCUGUGACUACUCAAGCAUUGUGGCCUCAGUUGAGGGAAACGACGGGAAGGAUGUCCUAAAAGCUUAUUCCUUCACCUCCUAAGCGUCACUUGCUCACAGAAAGGUGCCUAUAAGCAGUUUGCACAACCCAUUAGAAGGAGGAACAUUUGCUUUUAUUGUGAACUCCAUCAUAUAUACUGACAUCUGGAUGUUCUUUGGAAAGUCUAUGUUUACAGCAAACAGAAUGUAACAGUCAUUAAAGAUGAUAUACACUAUGUUAUGAGACAGGAAGGCAUUGAUAUGCUGUGUGAUCAACAUGCUUGUGAAGAAAGAAGUCCAGCGGUACUCAACUUGCUUUGCCCAGGGGCCACGUUUGCAAAAUGACAGGAGGCCAGUGGAGACCAAAUGGUCAGUGGGUCACCCGGCACCUUAUCGCUUGUCAGAUUUGGCCCAUGGGCUGUAAGUUGAGUAUCAGUGGAGAAGUCUGUAAUAAUAUGUUCUUUAACUACUCUUUAGGAGCUGAGGUAUGUGCUGUUGAUUAUGACCAGUCUUAAGGCAUCAUGUUUAAAAAAUAUAUUGGUCACCUGUUUGUCUAUAUGUUGCCUCCACUCAUGACUGAGGUAAGAAAAUACUAAGGCGUAUUAAACGACGAUAAUCUGUGUA